AUGAUCAAAUUUCUAAUUCUAAUCUGUCUAAUAAUCAAAACCCAGUCAUGGACUUGGGAUGAUUAUCCAUCUCCUAGAGGAGCAAAUUAUUCAAAAUGUCGAGUUUCUAAACCAGCAUGGGUUUGUGAUCCCGAUGGAAUGUUAACUGAUCAACAGAGGAAGGAAAUUGUCCACAUGGUUGAGGAUUUUAAGGAAAAAACUAAAAGACCAAAUUCAAUACAUCCAUGUAUGAGAGAAGGUCUCAGACUUGUUGUGGCCUUAGCUAAAGUUAAAAUUAGUCCUUCAAAUGAUUCCACCGUUGACUUUACAGUAUGUUUUUAAUGAAUAGUGUUCCAGAAGGGAUUAUGGGUUCUAGAGGGGCUCUAAAUGUUUUUUAGGCUUUUUUACUAGGCUUUAGAGCCAUUCUCAGAAAAAAGUUACCAAGUCUCGUUGUGGAUUUUUAAAUUAAGUUGCGGACAAGCUACUUAGUUUCCUCCAUUGGAUUUACAGUAUUUUUUAAUGAAUAGGGAGAUUUUAAUGAAUAGGGAGAACUGGGUAUUGUGCAUUUGUCGACUUCGGCCGACGAUUUUUGGAGCCGCUCCAUGUUGGUUCCAGUUGGAAAAUGAAUGAUAAUAUUUCAACCGUAGAUUUGGGUUAUUGAGAGUGAGAUCAAGUAAUAUAAGGGGAUAAAGAAGGAUAUUGAACGAUUUUAAUGAUGUUGGAUUUUAAAAUUGAAUUGCGGACAAGGGACUUUUGAUUCUUUAUGUAAAAUCCCUCCAUAGUGUAAGAGUUGUAUCUCUUGGGUGGCCACAGGGUG